AUGAACUCGUGUGUGUCCUUUCUCAGAGGCCUCCAUCUCUUGGGGCCGAGCGAAGAUUUUUUCAGCAAAAAGCCACGGUCUGAUACACCGUGGUUGAUCGUGGCCUGGAUCAUGAGUGCGUGUGACUCAAUCAACCUCGAUGGCACACCCAAGCCAUCUCAUGUCGAGCGGGGCACCUAUGGGCAUGCACAGAAGAUGUGGGCGUCCAUGACAUACGCAUUUGGGAGGCUUAGUGGUCUAGGCAAUCUGACAUGGCACGAGUCGGAUAUUGGAGGUGGGCUGAUGGUUGGAAACCCUUCCAUUUCCAUCGAGGUAUCAUCCUACAUGUGCUCGCUCCGCAGGCGCAAGGUAGUGCAAGCGGGCGAGGUUGCAAACAGUGCCCGGGCUAUUACCUCGGAAAUAUUGCUAAAACUGUAUCAUUACAACCACCUCCCCGAAAAUUGGACCAUUUGUGCCUACCAGCCUGGCGAGCGCGUGCAUGGUGGCUCUGGUAAUGACCUGAGUCAAUGGGGUGGUGGGCGUGUAUGGCGGCUUCUGUCAGCUGCCUAUACUGUGGCAUUCAUAUGCAUGCUUCGUUUUGACGAGGUUCUGAAGAUACAGGUACACUGA